AUGGCCCCGUUGAGCAACACCGCCCUGUCACCUGCCAUCAGCAAUCAUUUGUCACAUCCCCCGGCCUUCUUACCUCCUUCCUUCUCGUCCAUCACCACUCGCGACGAUGCUUCCGAUGCUGCCCGUGCGAAGAAACAGAAAAAGGAGAUGAUCCGCAACAUUCUGAUCAUCACCCUCAACCCGGUGACCCUCAUUAUUGUUAUAAUGGUGUUCUACUACCUCAUCAAGGGCAUCCGGAACGAAAUCCGCUACCGUCGCCAGAAGAAAAAGAACGACCUCGAGGAGCUGGCGAUACAGCAAGAAUGGGAGCGUCAGUGGAACGCACAGUUCGGCAUUGGGUCCAACAACUACAUACCUCCGAAGACGGCGCCGGUCGGGGAAGACGGAGCAGUAGCACAACCUGGCAACAGCAACACCAACGCCAACGCCAACGCCAACGAGACACCACGUGGCGGCUUCUUUUCCUUCUUUCGCUGGCGAUGGCCACGCGGCAAUACGGCAACAGUACCUGCCAUGUCGAUAGACAUGACGGAAAAGACGACGGACAAAGACCCCACGUUUGUGUCUGAGAAGGACGACACGUAUGCUCGCGCUAGUAACGAUACCGACCGGACUGCCAUUGCCGUGGGUGUUGCGCCUAUCGUGACGACGGACGAUGAGAAGAAAGGCGCCAGAUAA